AUGACGCAGGGGCAAGAGCUGGAACAGGUGCAAUGCUUCGGUCGCAAGAAGACCGCCGUGGCUGUAACCUACUGUAAGCGCGGGCGCGGCCUCAUCAAGAUCAACGGCUGCCCCAUCGAGCUCGUCGAACCCGAAAUCCUCCGGUUCAAGGCCUUCGAGCCGAUCCUCCUCCUCGGGAAAAGCCGGUUCGCAGGCGUGGACAUGAGAAUCCGCGUCAAGGGCGGUGGCCACACCUCCCAGAUAUACGCCAUUCGCCAGAGCAUAGCCAAGGCCCUCGUCGCUUUCUACCAGAAAUAUGUCGACGAACAGAGCAAGAAGGAAAUCAAGGAUAUCCUCGUACGCUAUGAUCGCACGUUGCUUGUCGCGGAUCCCAGGCGCUGCGAGCCUAAGAAGUUUGGUGGUCGCGGUGCGCGCGCCAGAUUCCAGAAGUCUUACCGUUGA